UACAUGACAUGAAAACUGGAUCAGCUUUUCUGGAAUAAAGGAAUUGUUUCCAUAUAUGCCUCUUGAUCUGGAGUUUCCCCGAUAAUCAAUUAUAUUCAUUAUCGGUGAAUUUAACACUCGUUGGAUCGGAGUCAUCAGUCAGUUAAAUCGCCUGUACUCUUUAAUUUACUUCUUUGACCUUCGACUCACGAUCUUUAACCUCAACCUUCGACGUUCAAUUCCUACCUUCAAUCUUCAAUUCCUACCCUCGACGUUCAAUUCCUACCCUCAAUCUUCAAUUCCUACCCUCAAUCUUCAAUUCCUACCCUCAAUCUUCAAUUCCUACCCUCAACCUUCAAUUCCUACCCUCAACCUUCAAUGCCAAAUUUCACGCCAAUAGAAACGACAGCUAUGAUUUAAGAUUAUUAAGAGAUAUUUACCUUCACUCACAUGAGAUACUUACCCUCACUCACAUGAGAUACUUACCCUCACUCACAUUCAUUUACGUACGACCUCAUCCAUUUGGGAACUUCUCUCCUUCUCCUAUAUCUCCACUUACCUGCAGCUGUCAACGCGGCACUUUUUAACCCUAGCACGAACUUCAGUCAGGUACAAAGUCAAAACAAUUGGUCAAGAUCCACCGAUUCACUUCAACGCUGGGGACUUUCCAUUUAUCUUAUGCAUUCAACACCGGAUAACACCUUCUACAUUCAUUCAUUUUCACCCAUCCGAUUAACCUUCCCUCACUCUCUUUUAUUUUGGUAUUAAAUGCAACCUUCUGAAACUCUAGUUUCCAAUCAUCUUCAUUUGGACGCUAUCCUUUCUUUCCGACUUCAAUUAGACUUCUAUCCGACUUUAGGUACCUGACCUGGCCGUAACUCCAUCUUAUAGCUUCGCGUCGUCACGAAUUCCCAAGGUACCCAUUUUCAGGGUCCAGAUUUUAUAUCGAACUUGCAUAUCUCGCAAAGAACUCGACAAUUUUCGACUUCUUACACACACUCUUUUAUCCCGGCAUCCCCUAACACUUCUUAUCGAAGCAUCUAAGAAUGCCAAUGUCCUCACCCAUUCUAAUGGCGUAUCCAGGCCCUCCUAGAAGACCUGGAGGUUUCAUUCGAUAUAUACUUGGCGCAUCAGCCAUCCUUCUCCUUGUGCUCUAUUUCAAAAACUCGGCCGAAACUUCUUCAUUCCAAUACAUGACCCCCGAAGUCCCCUACACCUACACCUACACGCCAAAGCCACCUCCAAAACCACAUACACAAUCUCCAAAUAAUGCAUUACCUAUUUCCAUGCCAAAAUCAAAACAAGAACAUCCGAUCGAUACCUUGAUCGAAAAUGCAGAAAAAACUUUCCAAGAAUUAUUGCAAAAGGAAAGCCAUGAUGUUAAUGCUGCUGCGGCAGAAUAUCGCAAACGAAGAGGACGACAUCCACCACCUGGGUUUGAUGCAUGGUUCAAAUUCGCCCAAGAACAUGAUGCGGUGAUGGUGGAGGAUUUCUUUGAUCAAAUAUAUCAUGAUCUAGGUCCAUAUUGGGGAGUGACUCCGGCGAAAAUGAGAAGUCAAGCUAGAGAUGCGGGAAUGGUCAUUAGUAUUCGAAAUGGAAAUGCGACGGCCGAAAGUGAUUGGUUUUGGACUCAAAUUUGGUUGCAAUUAAUUUCAACCAUACAAGAGGAUCUACCAGAUAUGGAUAUUCCCCUCAAUGCUAUGGAUGAACCGAGAAUGGUUGCGCCAUGGGAGGUGAUUAAUGAAAACAUGGAGAUUGAAAGAGCUACGAGGAAAUUAACAGAUACCAGUUCAGUAUCUGAGGAUUAUGGAAGUUUACCAGCUCCACGACACGCUGAUGAUGGAGAGGAAGAUCCUCCGGAGAGGGAAUGGGAGGUUUCAGGUAUGUCUUGAGGAUAUGGCUUUGGCAAUCAAAUAACUGAUAUUGAAAGGUCCAUAUUGGGGAAUUGCGACUAGAGGUUGUCACCCAGACAGUCUUGCGCGUCGCGCUGAGAUUAUGACAGAUUUUUCGAAAACACCUGCGAUUUCAAUGGGUCAUUCUUCUUUACAUACUUACAAAGGUUAUGUUUCGAACUAUAGUCUUUCGGCCGAUUUUUGCCAUCAACCUGAUUUACAAUCCCUUCAUGGGAUGAUGAUAAACCCUCUCUCAAUUUCUUCCACAGAAGAAUUAUUCCCUCUUUUCGGAGGCUCUAAACUGCCCACCAAUAACGAAAUUUUAUUACCGGCACCAAUGUAUUGGGCAAAAGAAGAAAGAUUUUCAGGUGGUGAUAAUCAUGGAGCCCCUUGGCAUGAGAAGUUAAAUAAAGUCAUUUGGAGAGGUGUUGCGACUGGAGGAAGAAACAAGGACGAUAAUUGGAAAGGGUUUCAACGACAUCGUUUCGUUUCCAUGACAAAUCAUACAUCAGUUUCCCGAGCUGAAUCAUGGGAAGCGAUUCCUCCAAAUUUCGCACUGCCUACUUCCAUCUACAACAUUGGCGCUCAACAAGAAAAUAGACUUGGAGAAUGGGUAAAUGAAUGGUCAGAUACUGGAUUUAUUGAAUUGAUGUGUGAUGAGGAACGAGAAGAUAAAACAUGUCCGUAUACCGAUCCAUACUUUUCAAUUAGGAAAGGUCAAAAAAUGUCUCAACAAUUCAACAACAAAUAUAUUCCCGAUAUCGAUGGAAAUUCUUUCUCCGGACGUUAUCGUGGAUUCUUACUCUCCUCUUCUUUACCAAUUAAAGCAACCAUAUUCCGAGAGUGGCACGACUCGAGACUUAUUCCCUGGAAACAUUUUGUUCCAAUGGAUAAUCGAUAUAUGGAUUUCUAUGGUAUCAUGCAAUAUUUUCUCGGUUAUGAAGGAGAGAAUUUUCGACUUGAAAAUCACGAUAGAGAAGCCGAGAAGAUUGCACUAGAUGGUCAAGAAUGGGCGAAUAAAGUUUUGAGGAGGGAAGAUAUGCAGAUUUAUGUGUUGAGAUUAUUGUUGGAGUAUGCGAGGGUUUCCAAUGAUAAUAGAGCGAAUUUGGGAUGGGUUAAAGAUCUUUUGUGAUUUUUUGAGGAGAGGAUGGAGGGUGUUUUUUGUCUGGUUUUUUUUUCUGUUUUGGUCUGUGUCUGUCUGGUUUUGCGUUCAAUCCAAGUGAUGUUGAACAUGGCAUGUUGACGCAUGACAUAGGGUUUGUAUUUCAUUAUUUCAUCUUUCUUCGGUUGGGGGAAAAUCAUAGUCAUUUAUUUUAUUUGCUUGUACAUUUAUAUGUAUGUCUAGCGUACGAUUGAUUUUAAGCGGUGGCGAAUGGUGUAACGGAUGAUGUUAAAAGUUUGAUGGGAUGUAGUUUAAAGGUUUGAAAUUGGG